CCUAAAUCCUAAUCCCUAUUUCCCUUGGAAUCCCUAAUUCAGUCAUUCUCUCGGCGGACGGCAGCUUGGGUUCUCCAUUCGACCAAUCAACAGAGCCACAGACGACGCCCGACGCCCGGAACUUCUGCAGUGGCGACACUUCCGGUCACUCCUCAGAUUCCACCGACGCUCUCCGCGAGGACCGACCUCAGUCCUCACAUCCUCUGGUUUUCUGAAGAACCUAAAGAAGGUUGAAUGUUUCUUAAAGCAUAAAAAGGAAGAACUUACCAUGGAACAGUUGGGCACCGACGUUCAAGUUGAGGAAGGAAUCAAAUUGCAGGAAAGUGAAAGUGCAAGUGCAGGAAGUGUCAAAGGCUCCGUGGCUCCCGGUUCUGUUGAUGAAGGCAAAUCGAGUGAAAACAAUAAAGGAAAAGGAAAGUUAGGUCAAGUCACCAAAUCUUCUAAAUUUAAAAAGAAGCCAAAGGAGAACACAAAAGAUUUCUGUUGGAUAUGUAGCGGUCCACAUUUAAAAAAGGACUGCAAAAUUUGGAAGGAAAAGAGGAAGGAAAAGAAGGCACGAAUUCAAAGCCAAUGGAAUGGUGAUCAUGGUCAUGAGAGUGGUCAAGAGAAGCAAGAAUGAUGAUUCAUGGUGGCUAGACACCGGGGCAACAAGAAAUGUUUGCAAGGAUGUGGCAUCUUUAUAAAGAAUUGAAAGAUGGUUCAAGCUUGUACAUGAGAAAUGAUUCUAUGGUGAAAGUCAAAGGCACUGGAUAUGUUGAACUGGCUUCAAAUUAGUAUUUGAAACGGAUAGAUUUAUUUUAUCCAGUUGUUGUAUUUGUUAGACAAAGGUUUAAUGUGUAAUAGUAUGUUCAAAUUAAAUAUAAAUAAAUUUGUUUGUUUCGUUUA